GAAGACAGGACAGUAGACAACAACAAACAGUUAUUAGAUAUAGCUACAGUAGCUAGUUACAAUGUAACAACAACGUGUUAAUAUUGCAUCCAUUCUAUCAACAGCUAUACUUUUGUAAAACUCACUUUGUAAUUGUGAAGCAGGUCAGAAUUAGAAACAAACUCGUGGUUUUAUUUGUUUAACGAGUGUUGAGAACUUUGGACUGAGUGACCAUUGAACUCGAACUGACCGGUCCUCCCUAUCAGAAUUCCGAAGUUCCCCAUAUAUCCCGUGCUCUGGUCAUUCGGCCAUGGCCCUCCGUGUCCUACAGACCGUGGCGGCGGUGGCUGUUCUCUGUCGGUUCCCCGUAACGUUAACUCGGGCUGGGGACAAGACAGAGGGGACUCCCGGCCAAUCCUACGUGGCUGCGGUAUACGAGCACCGGAUAAUUCUGAACCCGGAGCCGCACGUACCUCUGUCCCGGACCGCGGCGCUCAAGCACAUGAUGAGCAACUUGGAUGUGUACGAGGAGCAGGCCGCGCGAGCUGCGCAACAGGGGGCUCAGAUCAUAGUAUUUCCAGAGGAUGGUCUCCAGGGGUUUAACUUCAGUCGUCUGUCCAUCUCUGGUUACCUAGAGACCAUCCCUGACCCACAGUCUGAGGACUGGAACCCCUGUACACAGACAGACAGACACACUCACACUGAGGUCCUCCAGAGGUUGAGCUGCAUGGCUCGACGUCACAGUCUUUACCUGGUGGCCAACAUGGCUGACCUCCAGCCCUGCCCUCUGACCUCUCACCCCACCUGCCCCCCCGAUGGGCGCUGGCAGUUCAACACUGAUGUCGUCUUCAGGUGGGACGGCUCCCUGGCGGCGCGCUACCACAAACACAACCUCUACUUUGAGAACGCUUUCGAUGCCCCGCCCAGACUAGAGGUGGUGACCUUUGACACGCCGUUCGCCGGACGGUUUGGAGUGUUCACCUGCUUCGACAUCCUGUUCCAUGACCCUACCAUCAGACUACUGGAGCAGGGUAUCAGACAGAUGGUCUACCCCACAGCCUGGAUGAACCAGCUUCCUCUGCUGUCAGCCGUUCAGUUCCAGAGAGCCUUCAGUCUGGGAGCUAACAGCACUCUGCUGGCAGCUAACAUCAGGGCAGACAGCCUGGGUAUGACAGGAAGUGGCAUCUUCACCCCUGGAACUGCCAUCUACCACCAUGCCAGGACUGGGCAGCCAGAGGAGGGGAGGCUGCUGGUGCUGAGGAUACCGGUACUGGACACUGCCUGGCUGGGAACAGAGAACAGGGCCAAGGGACAGGCAGGAGGAGAGGGGGAGACAUGGGGAGAGACUGCAGGAGGAGAGGGGGAGGCAGGAGGAGAGACUGCAAGAGGAGAGGGGGAGGCAGGAGGAGAGACUGCAAGAGGAGAGGGGGAGGCAGGAGCAGAGACUGCAAGAGGAGAGGGGGAGGCAGGAGGAGAGACUGCAAGAGGAGAGGGGGAGGCAGGAGGAGAGACUGCAAGAGGAGAGGGGGAGGCAGGAGGAGAGGGGGAGACGGAAGGGGAGGCUGUGGAAGCUUAUACCAGGUCACCUAAGCCUCUGUCUGGACAGAGGGAGGGCAACUCUGGGUUCUGUCUACAGGAGAGUCAACACUGCCAGGAGGAUUCUGUCUCUACCUCUCCUCCACCCCCAUUUCCCUUCACCUCCUCUAUGAUGUAUGAUACCUUCUCCUUCCUCCUGCUGAGUGGUUCAGAGGGCCAGCUGACUGUGUGUGACGGUCCUUUCUGCUGCCACCUGCAGUACCGACGCUCCCCACUGGGGGACAAUGCGGAGCUCUAUGCUCUAGGAGCGUUCUCUGGCACUCACACGGUUAACGGACGCUACAAUGUACAGGUGUGCGCGUUGGUCCGCUGCUUGGGGCCGGAGGUCAGCUCCUGUGGACAGGAAGUGGAGGAGGCAGAGUCGAGAGUUGACUUCCUAUUGGAGGGGAAGUUCGGAACCCGUCACGUUUACCCGUCGUUGCUAGGUAGCGGCAUGGUUCUAGAACAACCUGACCAGGUCAAGACGACCGCAGAUGGUCGAGUGACCAUGGAACACUCAGGGAUGACCGUCGGACUAGUGACCGCAUGUCUCUACGGCAGGGUGUACGACCAGGACUAAGGUGUGUGAGAGAGAGAGAGAGAGAGAGAGAGAGAGAGAGAGAGAGAGAGAG